AAAUGUAGGAAAAUGGGGGAAAAUGGGUGGGCUGUGUGCCUGGUUAUCUGGCAUUUUCAUUUAACGUGUAAUGGAAGAUAGCGUAAACGGACAAAUUGAACCGAAGCCAAAAGAGAGACUGAACGAACUGGACUGAAAUGAAAUACUCAAGCUCUGGGGAAAAACCACAACUCAUGACAACAGGUUUCACGCUCCUUGGGAAAAGUGGAGUGCUGGAGUGUGAUGGAAAUGCCGAUGCAAAGAGAGCGAGAUGGAGAGACACACACUUUGUGGCCUAAGCCCAAAAAUGGUUUGCCGAUGCAAUUGUGGACGAAAAAUCUGUGGCACCAAAGUCAUAUAUUUUUUGGCUCGCAAAGGCGCAGGGACUCCGUUCGGCAUUUUCCUUCGAGGACAUCUGGGCGUAGGGCAGAGUCGGGGUGUUCGGGGCAUCCCAAGUGCCCAUUGUUAUACUCUGGAUUCCGGAUCGCCUGGAUUCGGAAGUCCAUGUCCUGUGCCUUGUCGGAGCUCAACGGACACAGCCACCCCGCGAGUCCUGCGCACUCUCUCCCGCUCUCGCAAUGCUCUCCCGAGUUGUUGACUCCGCCCCCUUGGUUCACACACACGCAGCACACAGGAGCGGUGUGUAUAUAUAGGUGCGGUGUGCUCAACCGGUUUCCAAUUCGAUUUGGAAACUCGAGUCGUCAGCGGGCCACAGUCGCUGCCUUCGAGUUUAUUGCCAACUCUGCCUUGGCCCGGUGCGCAACGGUUUCGGUAGUUGGUAGUGCAUAGUUGGUAUAUUCGGAGCUGAACUUUUCCCGCUUGUGACUGAAAACAUGCUUGACAUUUAGCCAGAGGAAAACUCAGUGUGAAGAAAUUUCCGAGAGCGAUUUAAAUACAAUUUCUGUGACAGUGUGUUUGUGUGUGUGUGUUCUGGUGUUGCCUCAACUGUGAUCAAUCAUAUCAUUGCCGAUUUGCUGAUUUGCCGACUUAAGUACUUUUGCCCUUCGCAAUCGAAUGGAUAUCAAAGCCUCGACGCCACCUGCUCUCGAAGUGGCUCCUGGCCAGCCCGGCUCGCCCGCCGGAAAACCGGCAGCGAUCCCCGGCACCAUGCCCGGUUCCGGUGGAGUGGCCAACUCGUCCUCCCCGGCGACGGUCAACAACACCGCCGCCACAUUCCAGCACAUCUUCGAGCAGCUGGUGCAGCAGGGCGGCGGAAACCACAAGCUGCCGCCCAAGCAGCUGGAGCAACUGCGUCACCUGCUCGGCAAUGUGAGGGAUGCCAAGAAUCUGCAGAUGAUCGUGGAGAAGUUCAAGAACCUGGAGCAGUUCCACGAGCACUAUGCCGCCCACCUGGCCAACAACAACACUGUGAUCUCAACGGAAGAUAGCAACGACUUGGUUAAGGAUAAUGCCAGGAAGUACGGAUCUGGUGGACAGACGCUAACGCCCCGCCACACAAUCGAUGCCAUUCUGGGCCUGAAGAAUCGCAAUGGCGCUGGGAAUAAGAAUCCGGAAACGGUCAGCGAUGGCGCCGUUGACGCCUCCCUGGGCGACGAGGAUGCCACUGAUCUGCGCUGCGGCAUGACCCUGACGCAGUUGCGCAGCAUGGACAAUCACAUGGCCAGCAUGCUGCAGCAGCACGCGAAGAAUGGAGCAGCCCUGCCCUACGGUCCCCCAACUCCGCCGGGGGGUCAGCAGCCCCAGGUGCCGAAUGCGACGACCCUGCACCAUGGACAGCAGUUGGGCGGCCAGGCGGGACAUGGAACGCAUCCGGGGCAUGGCCAUCCCACGCAUCAUGGGCAUGCGCCCUUUGGCUAUCAUAAUGCAUUUGGCUUUGGCCAGGGACAUGGGUAUGGGCACCAGGAGGAGGCGGCGGGCAAUUACCUCAAUUCGAUGCACCAGAUGGUCGAGGCCAAUCAAUUGCAGACCGGAGCCAAUGGGGCCACCAAUGCUCCGCCCGCACCGUUGCCGCCCAGUUCCUUUGGCAGUCAUCAGCAGCAUUUGGCCGCCUUGGCUGCCCAGGCGCAGGAGCAGCAGAAUCAACAGAAUCAGCAGAAUCAGCACGGCAAAUACGCCAAGUCAUCGCCGACUGGAGCGGGUCCACCUCCACCACCGCCGGGUGCCUACUUUAUGGAAUCUCAGACGGCGGCGCCUGUCGCCCAGUCGCAGAUCAACUACGACGAGCGUUCAAUGUCCUCGGCCAGCGAUUUGGAGGAGGACGACGAUGACGCGGCAAAGCUGCAGCUCGACGUGACCUCGCCGCCCACUCCGGCGCCACGUGGUCCGCUGGCCGCCAAGCGCAAGUCCGCCGGCGUCUUCUGUGAUGAUAAUGAGCCAAAAUUAGCCAACGGCCAGUUGCCAGGCGGCAAUUACGGCAUUCGGCCGCGCAGCUUGCAGGAGGUGCAUCAUCAGCAGCAAUCGCACCACCACCAACAACAACAGCAGCAGCAGCAGCAACUGCAACAGCAGCAGGGCUUUCAGCACGACUUUCGCAACAGUGGGAAUGGCAAUCCCAAUGGCAACAGCAACUCCGGCGAUCAUGGCGAGCGCUUGAACGCGGAUAACGACAGUUUGGUCAACGGCAGCUGCGCCUCCAGCGAGGAGCUCAACCAGACCAACAGCAGCGAGCAGGGCGAGAAGAUCACAUCCGGCAGCGACGAUGAGGGCCAGGAUGAUAAUUGCGCCAAGAAGAAACACCGUCGCAAUCGCACCACCUUCACCACCUACCAGCUCCAUGAACUGGAGCGGGCCUUCGAGAAGUCCCACUACCCCGAUGUCUAUUCCCGCGAGGAGCUGGCCAUGAAGGUGAACCUGCCCGAGGUCCGCGUCCAGGUGUGGUUCCAGAAUCGUCGCGCCAAGUGGCGUCGCCAGGAGAAAUCGGAGAGCCUUCGUUUGGGCCUGACCCACUUCACCCAGCUGCCCCAUCGCCUGGGUUGCGGUGCCUCCGGACUGCCCGUGGAUCCCUGGCUAUCGCCACCGCUGCUGAGUGCCCUGCCAGGCUUUCUCUCGCAUCCGCAGACGGUGUAUCCAAGUUAUCUGACGCCGCCGCUGAGCCUGGCGCCCGGUAACCUGACCAUGAGCAGUCUGGCGGCCAUGGGCCAUCACCACGCCCACAAUGGACCGCCGCCCCCGCAUGUGGGACACGGCGGACAUGGUCAGCCGCAGCCACCGCCACCGCCGCCGCCCCACGGAGUGCCACACCCACACGGCAGCCACCACGUGGUACCCCUUUCUCACCUCUCGCCGCACCUGUCACGCAUGUCGCCGCAUGCGACGUCCUUGGGCUCGCCCCACCACGGAGUGAACCCCCUCGGCACGCCGCUGCACAGCAGCCUGCCGCCCAGUUCGACAGCCACGACCGUGGCCGUCUCAUCCUCGCAGUCGUCCUCCUCCUCCGCCUCGCUGGAGUGCAGCGGUCCGGAUGUCUGCAUGUCGCCGCAGAACCUUAGCAUCGGAAAUGCCGAUUCCAAUGGGGAUGGACGCGACCUGAGCAGCGACCUUGAUGCCGGCAGCACCAGCAGCAAUCCCGGCAGCAGUCUGGACAAGUGCGCGGCCAGCGCCAACAUAGAGCUGCUCGAUGUGGGUCGGGAUAGUCCGCCACCUCCGCCCACUCCGACUGGCAAGGGCUCGAGCACGCCGCCGACGGACAUGCGGAGCAACUCGAUCGCCACGCUAAGGAUCAAGGCCAAGGAGCACUUGGAUAACCUGAACAAGGGAAUGGUCUCCAUUGUCUAGCCCCAGUCGGUUCCUAGCUAAGAGCACCUCCUCCAAGAGAAAACAGUUCCCACUCACCCGUCUCAACAUUUAGGUGUGUUCUAAGUUUAGUGAAUUUCGUGUUGUAAGUACUUAUUUCUGAGGCAGUUUCUUAUAUGGUUAACUCAACAUGUGCAAAGUGUAUUUGUAAAAUUUUAAUUACUUCAAUGAAAAACGGCUGAUGAAGAAGUCUAUUCCUAAUGCAUAUUAGCACAAAAUAAAUAUAACAAGUUUUAGCUCAAUA